AUGGCCUUGGGAUGCAUGUUAGCUCAGAUUGACGACUUAGGGAAGGAACGAGCUAUUUACUAUCUGAAGUUUGAUAUCCAGUAUGUUUCUCAGAAGUCUAUUAAGGGAAGUAUUGUCGCCAAUCACCUAGCCUCACUACCGACAUUUGAGAAUAGACCAGUUGAUGAUGAUUUUCCAAAUGAGGAGUUUGUUACUAUGACCAGCUUAUCAAGAUGGUGCAUGUACUUCGAUGGUGCAGCCAAUCAAUCAGGGUAUGGGAUAGGUGUUCUGUUGGUAUCCCCUCAUAAUGAUCAUAUUUCGAGGUCUGUUCGUUUGACAUUCUUUGAUAGGCAUCCUAUCACGAAUAAUAUAGUUGAGUAUGAGGCUUGUAUCCUUGGUUUAGAGACUGCAUUGGAGCUUGGCAUUAGACAGAUUAAGGUAUUUGGUGACUCCAAUCUAGUACUCAAACAGAUUCAGGGAGACUGGAAGACUAGGGACGUAAAGCUUAGGCCGUAUCAUGCUUAUUUGGAGUUUUUGGUUGCGAGAUUUGAUGACUUGAGAUAUGUUCAUCUGCCCAGAGCGUAG